GUCCUCCCCCAGUUAAUAAUUCUCAGCCCAAAACUGGGCAUGGUGGUGCAUGCCUGAAAUCCAAAAGGCUUGGGAGCCUGAGGCAGGAGGAUUAUAAGUUCAAAGCCAGCCUCAGCAACUUAGUGAGGCCCUAAGUAACUUAGCAAGACCCUGUCUCAAAAUUUAAAAAAAAAAAAAGGGUUGGGGAUAUGGCUCAAUGGUUAAGUGCCCCUGAGUUUAAUCCCCAGACCCCAGCCGCCCUGCAAAAAAAAAUUCUUAGAGCAUAGAAUAUUUGAGAGAAGUGCCCUGCCAUUUUCCCUAGGAUUUUUUAGGUAUGCAGUCUGGUAUUAGUUCCUAUGUGAUUAUUUUUUCAAAAUAGAUUAACUGGUAGAGAUGCCAGGCAUAGUCAUAUGUUCAAAAUAAUAUUGGUUUUUCUUCCUGUCAAAGGUCAUAGCAGCAAUAGUGACUGUUAUUCCACUAACAUUACUGGGGUAAUGCAUAUUCUUCCAUUACUUUGCCUGGGAGCUUCCACUGCAGAACAAAAUAUGGUCUGUCCUCAGUGUAUAAGCAGACUCCAAAAUGAGAGGUUGUGAAAUGGUAGAGGUAGCUACCUGAGGGAGAUGAACAAACAGGUAUCUUAAGAAAGCUAGCUUUGGCCCCAGCUGCUUUGAAGAUGGCUUGAGAGAUUGUAGGAGGUAGCUGUUGACCAGGAAGAGAUCUUGCGUCAUGAUAAAUGGGCACACAAUGCAGACUCUUCUGAUUUAUUGUAUCCCACGUUACCAUUUCCUUUAUUUUAAUUAAAAUUAGUUAGCCUGGGGAAGGUAGCUAGAAUGUAAGAAUCAGCACAGACGUUAAGACACUGUAUCCUGCUCUAGGGACAUUUGCACACGAGCUCCUUCAGUUAAAAGGCAGGCUGCUCACUGCCAUCCAUAGAUGAUGUCUUGUUGUUGGAUGGUACUGACAUUGCAGCUAUAUCACGUAUGUAAUAGCUAUUUUUUUUGAGCAGUUACCAUAGACCAGGUAAUGAAUGUACCUUCAUUACAUUUAAUCCUCAUGGCAACCCUAUGAAAUAGAUAUUAUAACCCAUUUUCAGAUGAGGAAACAAAGGCUCAGAGGAACAAAUAAAGCCACUCUUUGUUCAUGUCAGUAAAACUGUGGUGCUGCUACUCUUCAGUUCUAAAGAAUGCUUUAUUUUGACUCUAGUAUUCAUUAUUUUCCUUCUAAGGAAAAGUAGUUUAUCAGUUAAGUCCCAACUGCUUAACCCUUGCUCAUCAUCUUUCUCAUUAAAUGGCACUUUAUUGGAGGUAGAGCUCUGUAAACAGGGGACCGUGUUUCUCUCUCUGCCUGAAGAAAAGGGAAAGAGCUGUUUCUCAAAGGUAAAUUAUUUAACUUAAAUAUGAGCAGUUGCCAUAGAACUUGGUUCAGUGGCACGAGGGUAUGGAUCAGCCAGACCAGGAACCAAAGGCUUAUUUAUUAGUUAAUGGAGAAUGAAGGGAAGAACAAUCACUGUCCCCCACCUCAAACACACCUACCCCAGCUAUCUUCAAUAAGGGCUGCUGCUGCUUUUUUUUUUUUUUUUCCUUCCCUGUGCUAUGGUCUUACAGGGGGAGGAUUAGUGAAAAAGGUACAAGAGACAAAGUAGAAAGUGUGUCAAACCAAACCAAGUCUGCUCUCUGCUUCUGAUACAAGUUACCCAGCCUCUCUGUACUUAGUUUUCUUUGCCCACAAAAUAAGAAAAAUUAUGCUUACAUAUUUCUAAGGAUUAAUAUAAUGUAUAUAAAAGUUGUACCACAAUGUCUGUCACAUAGAAGAUAGGGAGUUAGUGGCAGCAGUUGUUACUAAUUUGACAUAAGUCUUGUGUGUCAUAAGUAGUGUUGCAGUGAGGGGUGGAAGGACCAGAGAAAGGUAGAGUGCAGAUGCAAGAGGAGAUAUUUCUGAGGACUGAGCACUCACUCAGAGGAUCUACUAUAGCCCCAUCAACCACCAGCCUGCCACAGAAAGCUUGGUUCCUGUACAUUUGGAGCUCUCCUGGGGACCCUGGGUGGUUCUUCUGAAAGACAGGAAGCGGCUAUAAUGCUGGUGUUGCCAACUCAUGGAAAGCUGGGAAGCUUCAUGAGCUUCACAAGCUAUUGCCAUAAAUUGGGAGAAAGACAGAGAUUGCUCUGUGUCAGGCAUUGUAGCUGUGUUAUUUCAUCCUUACAACAGCCCUCCAAAAGAUGUUGUGCCUGGCCCACUUCCCUUGGGCAUUCACCCUUCUACUGCAUUCCCACAGGGCUCUUUUGGAAGUACCUAUGAUGCCCUGCCUGAGGACUUCUUUUGGCUUAUGUUGGUACAUGCUAGAAGUUCCAGGGGAGCAGUGCCCUGGGGUAGCUCUCAGCCAGUGAAAAUGAAAGUUGAAUGAUAAAUACCCCGUCUUCUUUACCCCUCAGGUGGAAUAAGGUGUAUUCUAUUCUUCUUUCUGUUGAAUUGAGUGUCAGUACCUCCCAGCAACGACUUAAUUAUGUACCCUUCUCUGUUGGCAUCUUUCCCUUGCUACCUUGCUUCCAACUCUCCUGUCAGGACCAGGACUAGGUAACAGUUUCAUGUAAAUGCAGGGUUAGAACUUGAGAGGUCUUGUUACAUUUCUGCAUCCUAGACAUUUCACUUGCAUCACCCUAGUCCUGGCCCUGCUCUGGAUCUUCCCAAAUAAAGUUUUUGCCCUCAAGUUACAUCCACUUCUUGGGGGGACUCAACCUAAAGCAAAUCCUAUGGAGAAAUUAGUCUCCCGUUUUAUACAUGGAAAACAAUUUCAGAAAAGUAAAGAGUUUUUAUCACAUAGCUGGUAAAUGGGAUGGGAUUUGAAUACAGGUCUGUUUUGACACCAGAACUUACACUGCCUGUACUGUCCUACAUCUGACCUCCCACUUGACUCACACAGCCGAUGACUCCAUGGAAAUUUCAGGCUUGGUGGGCUCAUUCUCACCUGUGGGGCAGGGCAGCUUUGGUGGAGAAGGGAGGUAGAAAACGGACUGGAGGGUUGGUAGAUGGGAAAAUGUGGACACCCAAGUGGAAAGUGCCAUAUGCACCAGCAAGGCAGGAAGUGGUUGUUUAUUUCCUUCCCAUUCUAAAAGCCCUGGACUGUUGAGGUUAUGGGAGGGCCCUCUUGUUUAAUAAAAAUUAGCUGAUAGCUAUUCUGUAUCAGGUCUAGAACCAGAACUUGAGGCUCCAAAGGUAAAUAAGGAAAAUUACCUGGGAGCCCAUAGUGCAGUGGGUAAAAUGAACACAUAUAUAGAUGAUUUUAAUAAACUUGUAAAUGCAAAGAAAUUAGCAAAAUCAAGAUAAUAGGGAAUGGGUGGGCAGGCUCCCAGCUGGGGUUAGGGCCAGGAGGAGCCUCUCAAGGAAGAACUUCCCACCAUUGCUGUCUGAACUGCAGUUUAACAGAUGAGGGGAAAUUAGGUGAAAAGGUGUGAGAGUCCAAAGGGGGUGUCAUUCUGGACAAAUCGGCAUGAACAAAGGCACAAAAGAAGUAGCUUGAUGCCUGUGGGAGAGUUGUAAGGUACAUUCAGAGUAUAAAGGGCAUCCAUACUGGGGAGCCUAUGAGGGCCUGUGUCCCUGGCUGCAGGCACUGAGGGUGGAGGGCAGUAAGCUCAGAGCAGGGGGUGCCUAGCCUUUCAGCCCAGCAGCUGUACUCUAUCCCUGUUCCGCAGUUACUUCUUGGUGGUUAAGAUUACACUAAGGGACUAUGAGGGCAGCUUGUCUGGAUUUGUCCUUCUCCUUGCUGGUCAGUGACCAUCUGGUAUCUGCCCGAGUAUUGCAUCUGCUUUGCCUCUGCUACUGCCAGGGCUGUCCCAGAUGCUCACAGCAUCCCUCUACUGACUGACCCAAAGACUUUCCUUGGCACUACAACUAGAGAUCAGGACACCCACUGCCUGGUGAAAUGAGCACGGCACUUUAAGAAACACUGGCAAGAGUUCUGGUAAUGCUUGUCAUGUGUGUCCUUACCCUGGCUCAAGAGUGCAAAUGUUAGGCCCUGGGUUUAAUCUCCCAAUACAGCAGGGGGAAGAGGUACAAAUGCUGUUGUCAGCAUAAAUCACAGCUAGAGCUUUUUGCAUUCAACUAAACUAAGUUGAGAAAUGGGAAGCUCAGGCUAGGAAGAAUGCUGUUUUUGUGGGUGACAGCCACUCUGCCUUCCCCAGUGCAUCCUCCACUUCCAUUGCCUUUCAGAGCCUGGUUGGUACACAGUGUACUACAGCAGGGCUGAUGUCUGCCAUGCUUCCAGACCUAAUUGUGUAAAAGCUGAUAGAAAAGUCACUGUCCCUGGUGUUCAUCUAGUGUCAUGUGGAAGCCUUGUCCUAUAUGGUAGGGAACUGCUGAUGAGGUAGUGGUAAAGUGUCCACCAAUUUUCCUGAAACACAGAUUGUUGCAGUGUGCUUAGUCUCCUACAGUGGUGCCCCAGGGUUCUGUGCAUUCAGGACUAGUUCAACGGAAAAACAGCUUGGUGGCCAGCAGCCUUAGAAGCCUUAGACUUUGCUUCUCCUUCCAAUAAAAAGAUGCAUGGUGUGAGCCUACUCUCCCCAUUUAAGACAAAGGCUAGAUUCCUCAGGCUGGCUGUCACCUCUUCUCCCACCAUAUAUCCCCUGUAGGCCCUGGGAGCUGCACACAGUUCCAUGAAGGCACCUGUGUGUAUGUGACCUGUGAUUGCAGGUAUGCGCUCCUCUGUGAAAGGACCCCCUCUGCCAGCACACUGUUCUUUCUUCAAGACUUGGCUUCCACAGCCUGCCUAGCACUCAUUCACUGUCAGUCCCUUCCUCUUGUGUUUCUACAUUGCCUCUUACCACAUUUUUUAAAGCUGUUUGUUACACUGCAUAUUUCCCAGGCUAAGCUCCCACUCCUUUCCAGGGAUGUGCUACCACCUCAAAACUCCGAAGUGUUUAUAAAAGGAGCAGAAUUUCUAGCAUUGCAGUAGGGAUGUCACAGGAUCCUUGAGUCCAUUCACAGUUCCAGCAUCCUGUGGUCAUCUUACUUUACUUUACACCAUAGCCCUAGCUACCCUAGGUUCCUCUUAGAGCAAACUGGGAAGGAAGUUGACCUUCCUGAAUUAGUGGAUGUCUGGUAAGCAGUAGCUGAGGGAAAGGGCGGGGCUUGGGGACAUUAUAACUUGGGUCACCCUGAGUUUCACUUUUGAACACAGACCAGGUCACUGUGUGCCUCACAUUGAGAAAAGAGCUUAGCCCUGAGGAGGGUAAUCAACUGCUAUAUCUCCCAGGUGAGUGCUUCCUGUGAUUCUGGCUUGCUGCUUCCCAGCCCUAUUAUCCUCAUCCCUUCUGCUUGGCCCACACCAAGAGGUAAGUAGAAGCUCAAAAGUCUAAGCCACUGGUCUCAAUGGUGAGGGCCACUCCCACCCUCACUUGAGUUACCUUUUAGAAGGAAUGGUCUCUCAAUGUAGCUGAUUUAGUUAAGGGAAGCCAAGAAGCCCUUGGUUCAAAUUUGCAGACCCUGGGCUGGUUCUGGGGUACAGUAUUGAAGGAGACUUGUCCUUCCCCACAGGAGAUAGUUUAAUACUAGAGUUAAGGGGGGAAAUUUCAUAGUUUGGCAUAUGAUGAAUAAAUGUUGAAUGAGUGAGUGAAUGAUUGAGCUAGAUGGGCCUUUAACUGAGAAUGUCGUGUAGCCUUCAACCCUUUCUAAAGGUAAUUAAUUGCCACAGUUACCUCAUUUUAUUGUUAAAACACAUUAUAACAUUUAUAGAAUGAACAUGUUAUAGUCCCAUUUGAGAGAUUUGGAAACUGAAUGUAGGUACAUGUGAUUUGGGGGAGAUUUGUCAGAAACUGACUUCUGGUUCACCAAAUAAAAACCUCUUCUUCUGCUUCCAAUUUUAUAAAGUUGUGUUAGCACAUCCUAUGCCCAAACAUGUGCUAGCAUUGAAGAUGCAGACUCAGAUAUUGCAGGGUUUAACUUUCCAAACUUGGGAAACAAUUUGAACAAAGCCUGUCAAGCAAGAGUUAGGGAGCUUGUAGUCCUUGUGGCUGGUUUUUGGAGCAGAAUAAGCAAGAGGAAAUUUAGGUUGAGGGUUUGUAAAAGGCUCGCAAUGCCACCAUAAAGAAUUCUGGACUUUCCCUACUGCAGUGGAAGCCAUCAUAGUGUGAAUAUUUGCUUUCUUUUCUGAGACAGAACUUCCCUUAAAUGACAGUUGCUGGUGAUGUGCUGCAAGUUGGGCAAGAAGAUGAAUAGACUUGAAGCAGAAGUAUUACUUAAGAGGCUGUUAGAACAAUCAGACAGUGGUUGUGGGGGUAGGGAGGAGAGGACACUGAAAGAGCUCUUUUCCCAGAGCCCAAGAUCAAGCACACACAGGUGGCAAUGCAUGUAUACCAGCAACCCAAAUGGUUUGUGUAGAUGAGCAAGCCUUUUGAUGCUUCCAGCCAAGGGGGAGGACAGGAGUUCAGUGGUGAAAAGUAGGAAAACAAAUUAGUUUUGGUUUUUGAGCUUAAAGAGUCUCUCCAGCACCCAGGUAGUGAGAUCUAACAGACCACUGGCAUACAGGAUUGGGCUCAGGUCAGGGAUUUUGGGAUCCCUGCAUAGGUUUUACUCAACUUUGGGGAUGAGUGAGAUAAAGAGGGACUGUGAAGAAAGGCAUGCAUGAUCAGAGGCUUGGGAACCCCACUGUUUAAAGGCAGACCCAGGAGAGACUGGCUGCUAGAGCCAAAGAAGGGGAGAACACAGCAGCAAAUGCACUGAGGGAAGGGGUUUGGGUUUGUCAAAUUAGGUUUUAGUUAACCACAUAGAGGGCAAAUUCAUAGGAGUAUGGGGCUUGAAGGUAAGAAGGAGUUGCAGUAGUGGGAAGGUACUAUGUUUCCAGAAGUUUUGCUGUUGCGAGGUAGAGUGCUCAGUGGACAGAAGCCUUGUGGCCCUCUUGGAUCCUCCACUGCUUCUCCUCUCCUCCACCCUGAAGGGUACCUGAAUCACUGGUACAUGAACUCCUUUAAUCCUCAGAAGAACAUAGUUUUUUUUCCCAUGGUAUCAAAGAGGAAAUUGAGGCUCAUAGGGUUUCAGAUUUGGUUAAAUAAAUCUGGAUGUGCACUCCAAGCAAGGAUCUUCUGCUCUCAUUGUCUCAUUUUCCCCACAUAGCACUUUGACAUUUUGGUUCCAUGUUAGUCCCCAUUUCACAGAAAAAGAAAAUGUGGCCUUGAUGUUGGGACACCUGGUGCCAUGUCCUCGUGGAGAGUCAGGUCCUGGGCUCUCAGUCCAGGGUUUUCUCAGUUCUGUAACCCUACAUUUCACAAAGCAUUUUCCCAGGUUUUAUUCCAUUUUGUGUUCAUAACAGCCUUGCAAGGGUAAAUAUUAUUGCUUUACAGAUGAUGCAGCCAAAAUUCUAAGUCAUAAAUGACUUGUCCAAAGUCAUACCAUCAGGGGAGCUGCUUUCUAAAGCACAGAUUCAGUUUCCAAAGUACAGACCCUUUUCUGUGUCUCCUUGUCACCUUCAAGAUGAAAUUCACACGUCCUAGACUGGCUUGAAGGCUAUCCACAGACCAGCCUGGCUGCUUCUUUGGCAGAUCUUUGGUCUCUCACACCGUUUGACCUCAAGCACAUCCCUGACCUUCCAAUCAUAGCAGCAUGUUCAACCAUUAAGUACAUGUGUCCAUCUAUACCACAGUCUGUGCCAGCCCUGCUGUGAUUGUUGGUAAGGCUGUGAGUUCUCUGAGGAUAGGGCCUGCAUCUGCUUCAUCUACACCCCAGCAUCCUGCACAGAAGGCCGCCGGAUAUAAAUAAAUGACAGAAUAAACAAAUGACAAUUGAACAUGAAAUCAGCUUCCCAAUCUCUCUUGUUAACACAUGCUUCUGGAAAUUAACUGCCUUCUGGUUAAUUGCUAAAGGAUCUUUGAUAAUCAGAGUUUCUGAAUUCUGCCCACAAUCUCCUCCUUGGUCCCUUUCAGAAGGAAGGGAGUUGGAGGUCUGAGUUACAGCCUCCUAGGGCCUAAAGAUUAUGUGGUUGACCCUGGCUGUCCCUUUUCUCCUGUAGGUGACCCACUCCCAUUGUGGAAUCACAUGGACUCCAUUGGGCCUGCUGGGUUGCAGCCUGGGGAAAGAGCCCUGGGCUGUCCCCAGGAGGGGUUACCCCUGCCCUCAGACAGCUCAGAGCUGGUACAGGAAUGUCUACAGCAAUUCAAGGUGACAAGGACACAGCUGCAGCAGAUCCAAGCCAGCCUCCUGGAUUCCAUGGAGCAGGCAUUGAAGGGACAGGCCAGCCCUGCUCCUGCUGUCCGGAUGCUGCCCACAUAUGUGGGGUCUACCCCACAUGGCACUGAACAAGGAGACUUUCUGGUGCUGGAGCUAGGGGCCACAGGGGCCUCACUGCGAGUCUUGUGGGUGACUCUGACGGGCAUCGAGGGGCAUAGGGUGGAGCCCAGGAGCCAGGAGUUCAUGAUUCCUGAAGAGGUGGUACUGGGCACUGGCCAGCAACUCUUUGACUUUGCCGCCUGCUGCUUGUCUGAGUUCCUGGAUGCACACCCCGUGGGAAAUCGGGGCCUGCAGCUUGGGUUCAGCUUCUCCUUCCCUUGCCACCAAACAGGCCUGGACAAGGCCUACAGCAUUGACGUGGUUGCUGUGGUGAACGACACAGUGGGCACCAUGAUGGGCUGUGAGCCAGGAACCCGUCCAUGUGAGAUUGGGCUCAUCGUAGACACUGGCACCAAUGCAUGUUACAUGGAGGAGGCGAGGCAUGUGGCCGUAUUGGAUGAGGACCGGGGCCGCACCUGCGUCAGCAUUGAAUGGGGAUCCUUCAACGAUCAUGGGGCCCUGGGGCCAGUGAUGACCACCUUCGACCAUGCCUUGGAUCAGGAGUCCCUGAAUCCUGGUGCCCAGAGGUUUGAAAAGAUGAUUGGGGGCUUAUACCUGGGUGAGCUGGUGCGACUGGUGCUGGCCCACUUGGCCCGUCGUGGCGUCCUCUUUGGUGGCUGUACCUCUCCUGCUUUGCUGAGCCAAGGCAGCAUCCGUCUGGAGCAUGUGGCUGAGAUGGAGGACCCCUCCACUGGGGCAGCCCGUGUCUACACAAUUCUGCAGGACCUGGGUCUGAGCCUGGAGGCUUCAGAUGCUGAGCUUGUGCAGCGUGUGUGCGCGGCCGUGUGCACGCGGGCUGCCCAGCUUUGUGCGGCGGCCCUGGCUGCAGUCCUGUCCCGCCUGCAGCACAGCCGGGAGCAGCAGACCCUCCAGGUUGCUGUGGCCACAGGAGGUCAAGUGUUUGAGCAGCACCUCAGGUUCCACAGCAUUUUGCAGGAGACAGUGAUGCUCUUGGUCCCGGAAUGUGAUGUCUCCUUUAUCCCCUCUGUGGAUGGAGGUGGCCGGGGUGUGGCAAUGGUGACAGCUGUGGCUGCCCGCUUGGCUGCCCACCGGCGCCUGCUGGAGGAGACCCUGGCACCUUUCCGGUUGAACCUGGAGCAGCUGAAAGCCGUGCAAGCGCAGAUGCGGGAGGCCAUGGCCAAGGGGCUCCGAGGGGAGGCUUCCUCUCUCCGUAUGCUACCCACUUACGUGCGAGCCACACCUGAUGGCAGCGAGCGAGGAGACUUUCUGGCUUUGGACCUGGGGGGCACCAACUUCCGGGUCCUCCUGGUGCGUUUGACAGAGGGAGGUGUGCAGAUCAUCAACCAGGUUUACUCCAUCCCUGAGUGUGUGGCCCAGGGCUCUGGGCAGCAGCUCUUUGACCACAUCGUGGACUGCAUCGUGGACUUCCAGCAGAGGCAGGGCAUGAGUGGACAGAGCCUCCCCCUGGGUUUCACUUUCUCCUUCCCAUGCAAGCAGGUUGGCCUGGACCAGGGCAUCCUUCUAAACUGGACUAAGGGUUUCAAUGCAUCAGACUGUGAGGGCCAUGAUGUUGUGCAUCUGCUGCGGGAAGCCAUCAAACGCAGACAGGCAGUGGAGCUGAAUGUUGUUGCCAUUGUCAAUGACACGGUGGGGACCAUGAUGUCCUGUGGCUAUGAGGAUCCCCGUUGCGAGAUAGGCCUCAUUGUCGGAACUGGAACCAAUGCCUGCUACAUGGAAGAGCUCCCAAAUGUGGUGGACAUGGCCGACGAGUCAGGCCAAAUGUGCAUCAACAUGGAGUGGGGAGCCUUUGGGGAUGAUGGCUCACUGGGCAUGCUCAGCACCUGCUUUGAUGAGAGUGUGGACCAGGCAUCCAUCAAUCCUGGCAAGCAGAGAUUUGAGAAGAUGAUCAGUGGUAUGUACCUGGGGGAGAUUGUCCGCCACAUCCUCUUGCAUUUGACCAGCCUUGGAGUUCUCUUCCGAGGCCAGCAGACCCAGUGCCUUCAGACCAGGGACAUCUUCAAGACCAAGUUUCUCUCUGAGAUUGAAAGCGACAGCCUGGCUCUGCGACAGGUCCGAGCCAUCCUGGAGGAUCUGGGGCUUCCCCUGACCUCAGACGAUGCCCUGAUGGUCCUAGAGGUGUGCCAGGCUGUGUCCCGGAGAGCUGCUCAACUCUGUGGGGCAGGUGUAGCUGCCGUGGUGGAGAAGAUCCGGGAGAACCGUGGCCUGGAGGAAUUGACAAUCUCCGUGGGGGUGGAUGGGACCCUCUACAAGCUGCAUCCCCACUUCUCCAGCCUGGUAGCAGCCACAGUACGGGAACUGGCCCCUCGCUGUAAAGUCACUUUCCUGCAGUCAGAGGAUGGAUCUGGCAAAGGUGCAGCUUUGGUCACUGCUGUUGCCUGUCGCCUUGCUCAGAAGACCCGUGUCUGAAGAAAUCCACAGGAACCCUGGGAUCUCAGCCCUAGUCUUGCCAGACCAGGGCCUGGACCUAGCCCGUCUUCAAGCCAGACCAGCCACCAGGGACUCUCAGAAUAGUCCAUGUAUGAUACCUCUGUGGCCAUCUACCCUCCCCGAUAGCUUUUCCCAAGAGAGGUAGCACAUGGGUUAGCAAUAUAUAUAUAUAAUUUAUUUACA